GAUAUUUGGUAUAGUGAAAGUGCUUCAUUUUAACAAAUACUAGCCGGUCUCUCGUUAGUUAACCACAUUUUUUCAUGCUAAAAUUGAAUAGAAAUCUAUUUUCAUUAGUAAUAGCAAAUACUAGCCGAUCUCUCAUUAGUAAUAGCACCUUGGAUAUGUUUGUAAUUUUUUAUUAUUGUCUUUACUAGUAAUCUCGAACUUCAGAUAUUAUCUGUUCUUGGAUAUGUUUGUAAUUUUUUGCUCCUAGCAGCUUAUAUAUUAUCUAUUCUUGCAGCUCAUUUCAUGGAUACUUCAGACACGGAGUCUGAUGGCGGGCUUCAAGAGUAUUCAGAUUCCCACAGCGAACAGCAGUCAGUUUCCCACAGCGAACAAUCAGUUUCAAGUGAAGAUAACGUGGAUGCAAAUAAAGGAAAGCGGGGUAAGACAAGAUUACCAAAGCUUUUAAGGGAUACUAAUGGUGAAAGGCGGACUGUUACUUAUGAUGAAGCCAACCAAGCAACCGGUAAAAAUGGUUGCUUGCUCUCAAGUUACAUAGGCAGCGAAGUUGGUCCAAGUCUUGGACUGAAGUAUACCUGUUGGAAAGAAGUUCCACCUGUAGUGAAGAAAAAGUUAUGGGAGGACGUAACGUUUAAGUUUGAUCUCGACGAAUCAAAGAGGAAAGAUGUAUUGAGACAAUUUUCUGACUUGUGGCGAGGAUGGAGGAAACGAACUGCUGCAAAGCAUGUUACCCCAUUCGAAAAAAGCCGAAAAAAGCUUAAGAAUGUUCCUUCAGAUUUAAGAGGUUUUGUAGAACAAGAAGAAUGGAAAGAGUUUGUAAAACGGAGAUUGAGCGACAAAGGCAAGGAGUUGUCUGAAAUUGGCAGAACGGUACAAGCUCACCACAAAUAUCCGCAUAGGAUGGGACGAAGGACCUAUGCUGGAUUAAAGGACAAACUGAAAAGAGAAGGAAAGUGGACAAGUGAUUCACCCCCUCCACGAGAAUUAUUAUGGAUACUUGCACGCCAAAAUGAAAAUGGGGAGUAUAAGACUGAUGAGAUUGGUGAAGUUGCUGCUCAAAUUGAUGACUGCUCGAAAAAGAUCAAAGAGGGUACAAUUGUCUGUGAAGGUAAGACAGAUGCCCUUGUAAAGAUUUUGGGUGAAGAACAUGGUGGAAGAGUAAGGGCUGCAGGUACAAGAGUGACCCAUAGUCAGUAUUUUGACACUCCUCGACAACGUGGAUCAUCAAAUAAAGAUAAUCUGAAUAAAAUCAGAGAACUGGAAGAGCAACUAAGAGUGAAAGAUGUGCAAGCAAGAAUAAGUGAAGAGAACUUGAGAAAAGAAUUCCAACAACAAUUGGAGGAACAGUCACUAGACACAGAGAGAAAAUUGCAGAAACAAUUCCUUCAGUUCAAAGAAUUAUUGGGCAAAUCCCAAUAUGAUACGAUUCAGCCACCUAUGAUGUCCUCAGAAAAUGUCCCUGCCUUAGGUGCUGAGGAUAAGGACUUAGCUGAAACUUGGGGGGAAGCUGUUCACGAUCCGAAAGGAAAGGCCCAAAAUAUUCGGAGACAUAAUGGGGCCAAAAGCUCUAAACUGGAUGCUAGAAAGACGUCUCAAGAAUUGAACAGUACAUCUAUCCCGGCCUCUCUUAAAGCGCCCGCCCAAGUACCUAAUACGAUGCUGUCCUCAAAAAAAGUGGUUGCACAGCCACCAACAGGACCACCUCAUCCGCCUUCUAACAGGAGACAUCCGUGUGAAUUGUACGACAAAAUCAGCAGGGUUGUUGCGCUGGGACAUGUUAUUCACAGCGACUCAAAAAUGAUUCAUGGAAAAAAAAUGUGUGAUGAUUGUUUGCGUGUGUCGGUGGAUUUUGUGGAGAUAAAAACUGCAAUACUUCCAUAUCCAUCUGGUGAUAUUGUUACUGUGUAUGAUGCCCGUGAAAGUGUUGUUCAAUGGCCAAAACACUUGGUGGUCCUUGUCGGAAAUGGGCGAACGAGAUUGGAUGCAUUUGAUGAAUUUGUUAAGAGAGCAAAAGAAGUGUUCAGAAGCAGGGCUGCGAUCAAAGUUGAGUUGCAUCGCGAUGUGUUUGGUCAAACUGUAGAUGUGCCUAUACAUAUGGCACUAGAAGAUAUUGAGUUUGUUUGCACGUCUCAGAAACUUACGAACAAUGCUAUAGUCUUAUUCAUCCGAUUUUUGUAUGAAAAAUUGGAUGGCGAUGCACGCAAAACCAAGUUCGGAUUUAUGAAUCCAGCGGCAGUUCACUUUUCAGUCAAUAAAACAGAACUCGUGAAAAGUUUAUUAAAUAGACUGAAAGAUUCAGUGCCGAGUCGAAAAUACAUAUUUAUUCCUUGUCAUACAGGGUAA